AUGUCAAUCACCUCAUCAAGUGUGUGCCAAAGCCUUAAGUCCUGUUUGGAUCCCCUGUUAUUCGAGCCUUGCGACUCACUCAACGAGCUAAUCCCACCCAAACACGCCCUACAAAACCCGGAAAAAACGGAGCAAGUUUACGUCCACCCACUUGUCAAACGCUCGUUUUUCCCACUCAGCACAAAAUCGCUCGAGAUGUGCACCGAAAGCUUGGGCAACGAGACGGGGACCAAUAUCAUUUUGGAUUUCGACGAGUUUUCCCUCCAUGCAUUGGACAAGCCGGCCAAAAUCCGAGAGUCUCCCAAGAAAACGAACAAAGUCAACGAUUUCCCACCCCCGUUGACUUCCAUUAGCGGCGAUGAAGGGGUUCAAGUGUACGCCCACCGAGAGGGGGGCCGACUUGUCAUUAGGGCCUUCAAUUUCUCGUCCCAUAGGAACUUUUUUCAAGUCGAGCGCGAAAACGGUAGGCUUAGGCUUUCUUUGGUUAGGGUUCGUGAAACAGUUGGGAAUGAUGAUGAUGAAGGGCAAGAAGUUGAAGAGGAAAAUGCCAGUGGGGUUGAAAAGGACUGUUGCGAAGGUGAAAGUGGUGACGAGAGCGAAUUUACUGGCCGUUAUUGGGGUGAGAAUGGCUCGAGUGAUCAAGAUGGAGGGAAAACCGGGUGCAAGAUCGACGGUGGAGAUUGGUCAAAAAAUGGCUUGAGGGAUCAAGAUGGAGGGAGAAUCGGGUGCAAGAUCAAUGGUGGAGAUUGGUCGGAAAAUGGCCCGAGGGAUCAAGAUGGAGGGAAAAUCGGGUGCAAGAUCAACGGUGGAGAUUGGUCGGUCAGUAGGUGCAAUGGGGAGAGGAGCGACCGAGCAAAGAGGCUACCGAGCUUGCCGUAUUGCAUGGCGAUUUCUUGA